ACCGUAUAUGCCCAAGAGGACGCCAAGCAGAGCGCCUAAUCCUACACUCCCUGUCAGACAUCAGACUCUCUCGCCCGCCUUCCAAGCACCGUACGGACAGCCAGGCCAGGCUACAGGCGUUAAAGGCCAGGAAAACAGCCCAUCUGACGGCACGCUGCGUAUUCCCGGGAACAACGUUUUUUCACGAGGGUCUGCCCGUGCAGAUGUAGAGCAGAUGCGGCCGACCAGACCAUCAAGACCGAGCACGCAAGAUUCAUUGCAUUCUACCAGCAGCGGCACCUCAGCAUCAUCCUUCCAAUCCUUGGUACGCGCGCGUUCAGCUUCGAUAUGUCGCGAGAGGUCUUGCGAUUUGGGGGGCUACAAGCAAGAUUCGCCACAGUCUUUGAAUAGGGAAGAUGCCCUAGCAGCUCAAGUCGACGUCGGAAUCAGUCUCAGUGAGGGCGAUUCGUCUCUAGAGAGCUUGAGGCUGGCCAUUGGAGCUGGGCGACAGAUAUCGCUGCUGCGCACGGGCUUUUCCCCAGAUGCAGCCUGGACCGACAGUCCAGACAUUGCGAGCGAUCCUACUCAACAGCCGUUCUCGUAUAACUUUUCGCAAAGAGAAUCUUCGACUAUGGUGCGCAAGGCCCUCACGCAACGGCCGGAGAAGCUCAAGUUGCCUCACAGCUGGGCAAUGGCGACCGGCUCUUCAAGCCCCAGCAGCGCACGUUCCAGAGGUAGCAGUCAAGCUACCUCGCCAUUCUCUCUCGCUAGUGUCAGAGCUUCUAUGGCGAGCCUGCCUCCAGCGCCCCCUCCCCCAUCCGGCGCUUUACCUCCCCUACCUUCAACACCGUCACGAGGUCCAUCAAAGGGGAGACAUACCCUUUCACCGGGCCCCAAUGCCUCGACUCCACUAAUCAGACGCACUCCCUCCAGUGACGGGCGGCCGACUCUACUGCCGCCCGCCGUCCUUGUAUCACCAGACCGCGGUACGACAGCGAAGCCAUUCUUCCCUUCUUCCACAUGGACAGCUGAUCCUACACCUCCGGCAGCUGCCGUUUCUGUUGCUCUCACCGCCAGUCCAGCUUCUCUCAGUUCUCUCGACUCCGCACUCGACAGACACGGAGAGCAGACCGAUGCCAACACGAUCUUCUCUUCCAUUCCUUUCCCUGCGCCAGCGACGCCAAGAACGGAAGCCAGGUCAAGCAGCCCAGAAGCGCCUUCGACGCCGUCGGAUGGGACGCUGACAGUCUACUCGCCCAGCACGCCCGCUACCUCUCCUUGGGGUUCUGCCGGGCGGACAGGCUCAAGGUGGAGCAAUGCAUCUCGCACCGGCCCUUGGAGUAACUGGGAAGAGGGUGCAGCCGCCAAGAAGCGGGAGUCCGUCGCAAGUAAAGUCAACAUCGAUGCCAAUGGACGACCCAUCAGCACCAAGCAGACUACUGCCAGCGUGCAGCUUGCGUUGCUUACUCAAGCUCAAGAGGUCGAUCCCUGUGCGUCUCCAACCAUUCUCUCGAAGAAAGCUGGGUCUGCCAGCUUCCGUGCAGAUCGCCAUUGCAUCAAGGCCGACACUUCGGGCCAGAUCGAUGGUGGACCUCUGCACCGUGUCACUCCAACUUUGAUGCCUCUGGUCUCUGAUAUGUGCGGGAAUCCCUCGACAUCAUCCAGGUUGAGCUCUUCGGCCGGUGACACUGCCCCUCUGAAUCUCACUUCUCGCCGUCAGCCGUUGUGGGGCCAGGGUAUGCCAGUAGAGUACAGCACGCCGGGAGGCGAGAGCAGUUUGGAGGGACUGAGGAUUGACGUGAACACACUGCUUGACAGUGGACUCAUGGCAGCGCGAGGAGGAAGUAAGGACCACACAGCCGUGCAGAGCGUGGCCGUUAGUCUUCAUGGCUCACGAAGGCCUCUUCAGGUAGAUGCGACGCCAACGCGGCAGGAGAGGUGCGACGAAGCGACGAGCGAAAGUACGUCUUCCCUUGACCUUGCUUUUCCCACCCCACCUCCACGGCUGGACUCGUCGCCCAUUUGAAUGUGACGCCCUUUUGAUAGGACCAGCCAGCUCUUGCACUUCACCGCUUCUACUUGCAGAGGUAU